CAGACACAAGAUCGCAGCCAAAAUGGCUACUCCCAUGCACAGAUUGAUCGCACGAAGACAAGCGGAAGCUAACAAACAACACGUUCGCUGUCAGAAAUGUCUGGAAUAUGGCCACUGGUCUUAUGAGUGCACAGGGAAAAGAAAGUACCUUUAUAGACCUUCCAGGACAGCUGAGUUGAAAAAGAAAUUGAAAGACAAAGAAAACAACGCCUCAAAUGAGACGGGACCUGGAAUAGUUUCACAGACUGAAAAAACGACAAAGAAAAAAAGGUCCUUCUCCAGUUCCAGCGGUAGCAGCAGUGAUUCCUCCAGCUCUUCCAGUGACUCUUCCUCCGACAGCAGCGAUUCGUCCAGCUCCUCGUCCUCGUCUGAAGACAGCAGUAGUGACAGCGAGGACAGUUCCAGCUCAUCUUCCUUGUCCGCUUCCUCCAGUUCUGACUCUGAUUCAGAUUCCUCAAGCAGUUCCGACCACGGCCCACCAAAAAAGAGAAAAAAGAAGAAAUGAGGCCCCAAUUUAUCCAAUUCAAAAACGGAACUCAUAUCACACACUGAAUUUACUGGCAACAGCCUGGUAAAGUUACAGUACCCCUACAAAGUUUUUCUUUCUCUAGUACAUGUAUUCAUACACAGGAUAUGAGAGCAGUGGUAUCUCAAGACUAUAAAUUAUAAUGCAGUCACACUUAAUUCAUUUAUACUGACACAUGUUGUUUUAUUAUACUUCUAUUGACUUCCUUUUGACCAUAAACAAUCCAUUUCUGAUUCUCUGUAGUUAGAGUGUGCAUUAUUUUACUUCUGUGACUGCAAACAUAUAUUAAAUGGGUACAUAUUGAAAGGGGCUGGGACAAUCUUUUAAGAACAAUGGUCUUCUGAAAUAAAAAGAAUAACAUGAUUUUUGUGAGAUGUGGUGAAAAUUUAGUAUCAAUAUCAAAGAAUGAGAUCAAAUGCAGUGAAAUGUACUAUUUCAACAAUAAUGCUCAGUUACUGCUUUAAUGUAGAAUCCAUUUUUAAAAAUUGCAGUAUAUCUUUACAGAUAUACAUGUGUACAUAAAUAAGCAAUGGAAUAAUAAUACUUAAAGCAUGUGAGAGUUAUUAAAUGCAUCUGA